AUGGGAAACAGGGUGUGUGUGGAUGAAAGAGGUGAACAAAAAUUGAAAUCCAAAAAGGAACCGACAGGUCCUAUUCAGGACAUAAAAGCACACAUUAAUUCUGGCAAUAAACAAGGGGUCCUAGAUGAACUGAACAAAAUCCUUUCGAAAAAUGUUGAACAUUAUGAUACAGAGGUAAAGGAAGAAUUCAAGGAUCAAUCACUUUUGCACAUAGCAAUCAAAUAUGACCAGACCAACGAUCUCCAUUUUGUAAAGAAAGUUUUGAAUAAACAACCUCAGAUAUUGAAUAGAACUGAGGCCAAACUAGAACAAACAGCCCUACAUGUUGCCAUUGUCCAGGGAAAUUAUAAAGCUGUUGAAAUACUUCUAGAAUUUGCUGCGGAAAAAGACAAGACGAAACAAUUGUUAGAGAAAUGUGCUGAUAGAGACAAAUUCAAGAACACUGUUCUUAUGGCACAGUUGCCUUUGUCGGUAGCUGCUCUCAUGCUGAAAGCAAAUGAUUCAAACUCGAGAGAUAUUGUAGACCUACUUCUAAAACACAGCGCUUGCAUUUCAAAGAAAAACAAACAUGGCGAUACAUUAUUUCAUUCGCUGAUCGAAUACGGUGAUAUUUACCCAGAUAAGAUUUCCGACGUUACUUUUGCUUUUAAGUAUUUGUGGGAGAAAUAUACAGAGAAAGCGUCAAAAGAGAAAGCCUCAGAUAAAGAACGUAAAUCUAAACCUACAGAUAUUUUGUUUUGGGAAAAUGAAGACAAUUUGACACCGCUGCAACUCUCUGCCAAGCUUGGCGUCAGUGAAAUCUUUGACUACAUUAUUAAUAUUUCAGAUGUGUACUGUUUCCAAAAUGCUAGGGAUGGUCUCUUCGACAUCCGAACAUAUGAUGUGACUGAAUUUGACAGAUUGAUACCGUACAUAGAUAAACAAAAAACUUGUUGGAAAAAAUAUCAAGAACUUUCGAUAUUAGAAAUGUUAUUUGAUUCGCGUUGCAACCUGAACGAAGCUUUUCAAAUUCUUAACCAGAAAGUAAUUAGAUUCAUCUUACAGAAAAAGUGGAACACUUAUUGGUUUCCUAUGAUGAUCUGGAUGUUUAUGCACUUUUUCUUCAUUAUUUUCGCAACAAUAGUGACCGUGCAAAAGUCUGACGUUUUGGUAUGUUCUGAUGGAAGCCUGGAUUCGUGUGAUUUAAAUGAAAAUCCCACUGUUAUUGGAGUUGUGUAUCUUUUAGUCGGAUUAAUUUACUUUUUUAUUGCCUUAAUGAUUGUUUACAAAUUACUUGCACGCUGUUGUUACGGAAGCCGUGGAUUAGUUUGGCAUAAUCUUGAUUACAUCAUUUGCUUGACUGUGGUGUCUUUUGGUGCUUUAUUAGAAUCUGUACUUACUUUUCUUCGGACACAUUGGGACUAUCACCUGAUAUGCUUAUUGUUAUGUGGAUGGUAUUUUAUGCUUUAUUUUUCUCCUUUUUCUAAAAAUCUUGUUGCUUUCACAUACAUGAUGAAAGCAGGGCUUCUUGGGGAUUUUGUUCCAUUUUCUUUUAUAUUCACAUUUCUUCUGAUAGCAUUUACUACGGCCAUGCAUGUCCUUUUUAAAGGGGCGGAUGAAGAUCCAGAGGAAUUCCAUACCUUUAGAGAGUCAAUUUUAACCAUGUUUAAGUUGGGGGUUGGUCUCAAUGAUAUUGGUGUUCUAAAUCAAUCGAGAAUCCCGUGGUUGGCCUAUACAAUGUUCGUGCUCUUUGCAAUUUUAUCAUUUAUACACCUGCUGAAUGCUCUUAUCGCCAUAAUGUCUCAGACGUUUUCAGAUGUUCACAAGGAAAAAAACUCAUAUCACAAAUACCAAAAACUGUGCAUGAUAGAGUUAUUUGAAGAUAUCAUGAUUACUCCUUUUCUGGUUAAACUUAUACCAUGUAUCGAUAGGGCAAAACACUGGACAACUCGGCGAGAGUUACCUCAUCCAGAGGACAAUGAUAUAACGAGGUAUCGCUAUUUGACAACUGUUCACUCGUUGGACGAUUCUUUUUAUGGUAAGGAGGACAAAGAAGAGAGAAUGAAAUCUGAUGUACAAAUUAAUGUAAGUCAAGUGAUUGACUUGAUACGAAAAGGAAAUAAUGAGGUAAUCUAUUUGAUGCAAAAUGCAAAAAAUGAAAACAAAAAUAUAAUCAACGAGCGCGAAGACAUUACAUUCGUGGUGGAAAGGAGCGAUCGCGACCAAUCGCAACAAUUCCCUGAAGUUAACUAAAUUCAUUUAAUUUUCUAUGCCCAAGAAGAAUAUGCUAGUGCAUUUAUUGCAAGAUUUUCUUCUUAAAGGAAUGUCUCAGAAAGAUAAAAAAAAUCCAAUUUAAAUAGCUUGACAGCGAAUAAGAUACGGAAUAAGAAUUGUUAUGGAAUCAGAUGAUCUUUAUAUUGAAUGUUUUUAAUUUUCAUAUAAAUGUUGAAUAUGAAUAUGCCCUUUCUGCUGUUAUCACGCAACAAUGUGAAAACAUUAAUUAUCGCGUUCUUAUUUCUGCACAUCUGCGUAUUUUCAGUACUAUGUAUAUUAAACUUUAUUUCACACGUAUAUUUAUAUCAAAUGUAGACUUGACAUUUUUAAUGUGUGUUUGUAAUAUCCCAUUUUCUAGAACUCUUCCUGAUUGUUAGUAAACAAAGGUGGAACGUCGGAUUGGCAUUUUGACCUCAACGUUAUUGUUAAGUGUGGCAUUGGUAUGUGAAGGACUUUUCAAAUUAUCUACAACACAUUUCAAUGAUCUUGGUAAAAUUGAUGUUCAAAUGUAAAUAUUUCUGUGACAAUAUCAAAAACGUACAUGUUUUCCCCAUGUAUUUGUUACUGGAAAUAAACAAAAUUGUGGUUUUCGAGAAAAGUGUUUAUAUCAGCAAUAAUGUUCGUGAAGUCAUCAAUACGCUUUUGCAAUAUAUGAAAUUUGAAACUCUUCAAACAUGUAUUUAGAUGUUGUAUUUUCUUAAAACAUGGAUUUGAUAUGAAGUCUCAAAAUAAAUUUAAAUGAAU